GUUGAAAUUUCUUAGUGUAUUACUUACAAACCAUAUGCCCCCCCUUUCUCCUUGCGGUCCAAACAUCUUAUAUUGGGGAAUGGGGCAAUGCUCAUGAAACACUUCCCGUUACCUACCCUUAUGUAGUACUCCAAUAAAAACAAAAUUUAAAUUGGCCUAAUUAUUCUUUGUGCUAAAAUAUUUUACUUUACUUUGAAUCUUUCCCAAAACAGAUUGCAGCACGCCAGCACCAUGUGCUCCUUACUACCCAAAUAUCUCCGAUCCAAAACUUCCACUCUGCCGCCGCUGCAGCUCCGCUGCCUCCUCCUCCAAGGAGUCAUGGGGGACUUCAAAUCUCCGGCUUUACAUAAAGAUCUGAUGACACCUUUAUCUAAUUCCAUAAUGUUUCAACGCCAAUUUUGUAAGCUUCCAAUCGGAGCAUCAAAAGAGGAGCUAUUGAGAGAAGGAUUGCAGCCGGAGCUGAUGCCUAAACACGUAGCUAUCAUACCAGACGGUAACCGGAGAUGGGCUAAGGAGAGAGGUUUGUCACCAGAAAAAGGUCACGAGGCUGGGAAAAAAGUGCUCGGAGAUCUGUGUCGUUUUUGUUCAAAAUGGGGAGUCAGAGUUCUUUCUGCUUAUGUUUUUUCUACUGAGAAUUGGUCAAGGCCAAAGGCUGAAGUAACUUUCUUGAUGACCAGCUACUUUGAAAGGCUUACCAAGGAAUUCAUGAGGUAUGGGAUGAAAAUGUCCAUUAUAGGGGACAGGUCUAACCUUCCAAAUUCUCUGAAAGAAAUGAUAAAAUUAGCUGAGGAAACCACAAAGGACAACACAGGGCUUCAUUUUGUGGCAGCACUUAACUAUGGUGGAAGAUAUGACUUAACACAAGCAACUAAAAAAAUUGCUAGCAAAGUUAUAGAUGGAGCUAUUCAAUUAGACGAUAUUAAUGAGAAAUUAAUUGAUCAAGAAUUAGAGACUAAUAAGAUUUUAGAAUAUCCUAAUCCUGAUUUAAUCAUCAGAACAAGUGGAGAACUGAGAAUUAGCAAUUACAUGUUGUGGCAAUUGGCUUAUAGUGAAUUCUACUUUGUGGAUAAAUUGUUUCCUCAAUUGGAUGAAGCUGAUUUUGUAGCAGCUUUAAGGUCAUUUCAGCAAAGGCAAAGACGUUACGGUGGACACAAAAUUUAAUGGAAGGUCCGCAAUAUAGUAUUAGUCUAUUAGAAACAGUCUCGAUAAGGUUUGUGUACAUCUUACCCUUCCUAGACCCUACUUCUGAGAUUACACCGAGUAUGUUGUUGUUGACAACAAUAUAGUAUCAUAUGUGUGGAGGGUUUUGUUUUAAAUUUAAGGGGAUAAAAGAUGAGUGUUUAUUAUUGAUGUUUAUAAUCCUAUGGAAUAAAAAUUCUCAGUAUUUGCUAGCUU